GAAAAGUUUAAUAACAAAACGGGAUGAUUCUGGGGGUCGACCGAGAGCGAUGUUUCCACCUUUCGACCACGUGGCAUAUAAUUAUCCGAGAUAGUUGCUGGCAAAAUCGCUUGCAGUCAUUCCCAGUUGCUGACAACUGUCAUGCGACUGCUCCUCCAGUUUCUUCUGGCUUUUUCAAUUCAACAAUGCAUCUGUGCUUCACAACCAGCCAAGCGUUCUUAUGCAACACACGAUUAUUAUGUACUCGAGCAUCACCCUUCCGCAGGCGCAACUCUAAAUGAAUGCACCGAAGAACUUGCAGUAGAGCUCAUCGAGCAGGUCGGGGAAUUGCAAAACGUAUGGCUUGUGCGCUCCGCAAAACUUACAUCCAGCGUUUCUCCAAGGACAGUAUCAGAUAGAGUCCUCGGCAAGUUCGAGGAAUUGGUCACUCUUGCAGCGCAUUCCACUAGUUUAUAUCCGCGGGCGGGUCGUCAAGCUCGUGCACACCGCAUAUUAUCAUCUAUAAAAUAUUUAUCACCCCAGAUACCCCGCCAACGCACAAAGCGAGAUGGUCCUUUCCUAGAACGUGCACCACCUCCUGUGACUCCUGGCGACUCUCAACCGAAAGCUUCUGAAAUCAUUGCAGAACGACUUGGAUUCGUGGACCCCCUAUUCACACACCAAUGGCAUAUCGUUAAUGACGAGUACCCUGAGCAUAUGAUGAACGUGACGGGUGUAUGGGAAAUGGGCAUCACGGGGGAAGGCAUCAUUACUUCGCUGGUGGAUGAUGGGUUGGACUACCGAAGUCGGGACUUGGCUGAAAACUUUGAUGCUGACAACUCAUAUGACUUUAACGACCAUACCGAUUUGCCCACCCCAGUUCUUUCUAAUGAUAACCAUGGCACCCGCUGUGCUGGUCAGAUCGCCGCAGUCAAGAAUGAUGUUUGCGGCGUCGGACUCGCUUACAAGUCAAAAGUUGCCGGCGCAGCUGCCUUGAACUACGGCUUGCAUAACGUGUCCAUCUUUAGUUGCAGUUGGGGACCCCCCGAUGAUGGCAGGUCGAUGGAGGCACCGGGAUAUGUCAUCGAAAAAGCUUUCGUAAACGGCAUACAGAACGGCAGGGAAGGGAAAGGUUCAAUAUAUGUUUUUGCCAGCGGAAAUGGGGCUGCUCAUGGAGACCAGUGCAAUUUCGACGGGUACACUAAUAGCAUAUACUCUGUCACAGUCUCAGCUGUAGACUUCAAAGGCCUACAUCCAUAUUAUUCUGAACCCUGCUCUGCCAAUAUGGUUGUAGCCUACAGUUCAGGGAGCGGUCAACAUAUCGUCACUACUGACACCAACAACAAAUGUUCCGACAAUCACGGUGGCACCUCCGCUGCCGCCCCUAAUGCAGCCGGUGUAUUCGCUUUGGUCCUUCAAGUUCGGCCUGACCUGACAUGGCGAGACAUACAACAUCUUUGCGUGAAAACCGCCCAGAUGAUAAACCCCGAGGAUCCUGACUGGGAACCCAUGGCUUCUGGACGGAUGUACUCGUACAAGUACGGCUUCGGGCAGCUUAAUGCCUACGCUUAUAUCCAAGCAGCGCAGGAUUGGCAGCUCGUGAAACCGCAAGCGCGCUUUCACCCUCCUGCCGUGCAGAUCAACAACGGUACUUUACUCACGGAGGAUGGGGACAUGGAGGGCGGGCAGCCGAUUAUCCCUGGAGGUAUUACGAGUUCUUUCACGGUAACACAAGACAUGCUUGAUACGCAUAACUUCGAGGGGUUGGAGCACGUGACGGUCAGAGUGUGGAUAUCGCAUACCAAGCGAGGGGAUGUCGAAGUCGAGCUUACGAGCCCUGCUGGGGUACGCAGCAUUCUUGCAGCUAAGCGGGAUGGCGACCACGCCACGACUGGUUUUAGAGGGUGGAGAUUUAUGUCCGUCAAGCACUGGGGUGAAAAUGCAGUUGGCACUUGGACGCUCAAGGUCUCUGACCAAUCUUCCGAAGGGCACAACGGAACCUUCUAUGGUUGGCGUCUCAUGUUCUGGGGCUCAACCAUUGAUCCCACUGUUUUAACAACCUACGUUCUUCCGCUUUCAGAGUAUCAACUCCCUUCCAUAGCUAACGAUGACACAAAUAUCAUCCCCACGUCGACAUCCAGCAAAUCUCACCCUAAGCCCACUUCUGGUCUUCCAGACGACCACGGUACUGCUGAAGGUGAAGCUGACAAACCUGCGUUCUCAUCCCCCCAGAAAUGGUUCUUCGGCGCUAUUGGCGCAGUAGUGCUCUUCGGUGUUGGUGCAGGAGUGUUCUUCUGGAGACGCCGCGUGAAGCAUCGAGCGUACGCUGCGCUCAGUGCGGGUGAUGAAUUGCAGAUGAGCUCGGUCUCGGGGCAAGGCAGGCCCCGUGCCAAGGAGCUGUACGAUGCGUUUGGGGGGGUAUCGGAUGACGAGGAUGCAGAUGAAGAGACUCGGUUGCAUGGUGCAGGGUUUCACUCUGGGUUCUUGGACGAUGUUGAUCCAUCGGCUGCCGGCCCCGCCCCCGUGUACAGAGACGAACCCCAAGGGGAGCACGAUGCGAGUCCUGAUAUUAGAUCUGUAAGCCCUGGAAGCGGCAGCGGCAGUGGAGAUGGCAGCUGGGAGCAUGCUUCUCAGACACAUUGA